AUGCAGGGCGACGAGGAUGGAACAUGCAAGGCGAUGCAGGGGACGAUGAUGACGACGGCGACCGAAGAUCGACCUGCUGCUACUGCCGAUAGGCCUUGGAUCUGGAGGAUGAAGAAGGGGCGGAGACUGAGACCACUUCGAUUAUUUCGGCUUUGCAGUUCUCAUCAACCUCCGCGAAUGAAGAAGGACGGGAUGGCGACGAAGACCGAUGAUCGAUUCGCUGCUGCAGCCUGCAGCGACCCCUUCUCCUUCUUGGCCUUCUUUUGCUGGAUCUCGAUGGCGGACGACAGCGAUUGA